CCUUCUCGGCCAACAAGACAAGUCUUCAACAGCGGCAGCAGCAGCAGCAAGCUGGUGGCAUGGGCAAGUCUUCCCUCCUCGCAUGCUUCUCCCUCUUCCUCGUUCUUCCUCCCUGCCUCGCUGCGGACCCUGACCUGCUCCAAGACAUCUGCGUAGCAGAUCUCAGCUCGAACGUCAAGUUAAAUGGCUUCGCGUGCAAGCCAGCCGCGAGCAUCACAGAGGCGGACUUCUUCUUCAGAGGCCUGGCCGUGCCCGGCGACACCACCAACACUACCACGGGCUACCUCGUGACCGCUGCCAACGUCGAGAAGAUCCCCGGGCUCAACACCCUCGGCGUGUCCUUCUCUCGCGUCGACUUCGCUCCCGGCGGGCUGAACCCGCCCCACACCCACCCGCGCGCCACCGAGAUCGUCUUCGUCCUCGACGGCACCCUCGACGUCGGCUUCCUCACCACCGCCAACAAGAUGGUGGCCAAGACCAUCACCAAGGGCGACGUCUUCGUCUUUCCCCGCGGGCUAGUCCACUUCCAGAAGAACAGCGGUGCGGUUCCCGCCGCCAGCAUCUCUGCCUUCAACAGCCAGCUCCCCGGCACCCAGUCCAUUGCCACCACACUCUUUGCGGCCAGUCCGCCGGUGCCCGACCAUGUCCUCACCGAGGCCUUCCAAAUCGGAACCAAGGAGGUGGAAAAGAUCAAGAGCCGCCUUGCACCCAAGAAAGCAGCAGAAGAGGCGGUCAACUGAGUCUACUGUCUUUAAUUACUGGAAUGUGGUCGGCGGCAUAACGUUUGUUCAUUGUUCAUUCAAUCAUUAGCUAAAUAAGAUUUGCAGCAGCUCUGAA